CCAAUUACAUGACUUCUGGCGUCUGGAUUACUGGGAGGAUGACCUGAGGAGGAGGCGGAGAUUCGUACGGAACCCCUUUGGCUCCACCCACCCUGACGUGUCACUCAAAGCCCUGGAGGACUAUGGUACUGAGGAGGAGGAAGAGGAGGGGCUAAAGUCUAAGAAGACGUUCCGCAGCCAGUCAGUGGUCAGUCAGAACCCGGAGGCGGAGCUUAUGCUGGAAGGAGAUGAUGACGCUGUCAGUCUGCUGCAGGAGAAAGAGAUGGACAACCUGGCAGGCCCUGUGGUGCUCAGUACUCCAGCCCAGCUGGUUUCUCCAGUAGUGGUGGUCCACGGGACUCUCUCCAUCACCACCACAGAGAUCUACUUUGAGGUGGACGAGGACGACCCGGCCUUCAAGAAGAUCCACACCAAGGUCCUGGCCUACUCCGAGGGUCUACAUGGCAAGUGGAUGUUCAGUGAGAUCAGAGCUGUCUUCUCCAGAAGAUACCUGCUCCAGAACACUGGUCUAGAGGUCUUCAUGGCCAACCGCACGUCUGUGAUGUUCAACUUCCCCGACCAGGCUACAGUGAAGAGGGUAGUCUACAGUCUACCCAGGGUGGGAGUAGGAACCAGCUACGGACUGCCUCAGGCCAGGCGUAUCUCCUUGGCGACGCCUCGUCAGCUGUUUAAGUCAGUCCAACAUGACCCAACGCUGGCAGAGGAGGGAGAUCUCCAACUUCGAGUAUCUCAUGUUCCUCAACACCAUCGCAGGGAGGACCUACAAUGAUCUGAACCAGUACCCAGUGUUUCCUUGGGUUCUCACUAACUAUGAGUCAGAGGAGCUGGACCUCACUCUGCCCGGCAACUUCAGAGACCUAUCGAAGCCAAUCGGAGCGUUGAACCCGAAGCGAGCUGUGUUUUAUGCAGAACGCUAUGAUACCUGGGAGGAGGACGGAACGCCUCCACAUCACUACGGCUCCCUCUACUCUACCGCUAACACCACACUGCUAUGGAUGCUGCGGAUAGUG